AUGAUUCAAGACGAAAAGAAAGUCCUAGCUUACAAUGAUACCAAUGAAGUGCCCAUUGCUGUUGGCGCCGUUGAAAAUACAAGCAGCAAUCAUGGUCUUCAGCGACAACUGAAGCCGCGUCACCUCCAAAUGAUUGCCAUUGGAGGUGUGAUUGGAACGGGUCUCUUCUUAGGCACUGGAGGCGAUCUUGAAAAUGGAGGCCCCGCUGGAUUGCUUCUUGGAUACUGUAUCAUGGCUUCUCUUUUGUACUCGGUGAUGGUGGCUUUGGGCGAAAUGACCUCUCAAUUUCCCAUCCCGGGAGGCCAGUUUGCGCUUGCGGGCCGAUUCAAUUCACCCGAGCUGGGAUUUGCGAUGGGUGUACUAUUCUGGUUCAAUUAUAUUGUCGUCCUUCCGGCAGAGAUAUCCGCGGCUGCUGUUCUUAUUACAUACUGGACCCCAGCAGGACUUACAGAUUCCACAUGUACAUCUGGAAUUUGUAACAAUGCAAUGUGGGUAGGAUUGAUGUUGAUAGUAGUGUAUCUUGUGAAUUUGGCAGGAACUCGCGUUUUUGGCGAAAUGGAGUUUUAUUUUUGUUCUAUCAAGGUUAUCACAAUCCUCGGCCUGAUCAUCACUGGGAUCAUCAUUAGUGCCGGUGGUGGUCCCAACCACGAAGCUAUUGGGUUCAAAUUUUGGAAAGAGACUGGUGGAUUUGUUCAAUAUGAUGGGAUUGGAGGUGCCAAAGGACGUUUUCUUGGCUUUUUCAGCGUUCUCAUAAAUGCUGCAUUUGCAUUCAUCGGCACAGAAAUUACUGCAAUUGCAGCUGCAGAGACUGCUGAUCCCCGAAGAAAUGUGCCACGGGCAAUUAAGAGUGUCUGGAUCAGACUUGUUUUGUUCUAUCUCUGCAGUGCCUUUAUGGUCGGUCUACUUGUCUCUCCGACCGACUCAUCACUUAAUCUCUCCUCAACUGCGGCAAAGAGUCCAUUUGUCAUUGCAAUUGAGAAUGCGGGAAUUUCUGUCUUGCCAUCUGUUAUCAAUGCGGCCAUCCUAACUAGUGCUUGGUCUGCAGGAACCGCGGAUCUUUUUGUUUCUACGCGCACAUUAUAUGGACUUGCCGCACGAGGCCAUGCCCCAAGAAUAUUCCUCAAGACACGAAAAGACGGAUUUCCUUGGGUUUGUUUCAUUUUCUGUGGUGCAUUUGCAUUGCUGUCUUUUAUGGCUGCUGCUAAGGGCAAGGCGGGAACGGUUUUUGGCUACUUUUCAAACAUGACGGCGAUGUGUGGAAUGAUUUCAUGGACUGGUAUUCUCUGGACAAGCAUUCGAUGGAACAAAGGUCUUAAGACACAGGGAUUGGACCGCAAAAAUUUACCCUACAGGGCACCUUUCCAGCCUUAUCUUUCAUAUUAUGGAAUGACAAUUUGUAUCAUGGUUAUCAUCUUUGGUGGUUUUGGUUCCUUCAUUCAUACGUUCAACACCUCGACAUUUAUCACCACCUAUUUCCCAGUGCCUCUGUUUGCAGGGUUGUUUUUCGGCUACAAGUUCUGUAAGAAGUCUAAGAUGGUCAGCUACAUGGACAUGGACUUUUUUUCUGGAUCUUCCAUUGAAGUGACAAGUGGCGAGCCGAAGAACGGGACAAGUCCAAGUAAUUUGGCACAACUGGUCGUGGAUCUUCACAGCCGAGUCAUCAAACAUGAGACACGAAUCCUUGAACUUGAGAAGGCCCAAUUCGAGAAGCCGGUUACACCUGUCGAUUUGAUCAGCCCUCCAGUCCCAAGUGAAUAUGUGAAACGCGCCGAAGAUAUGCCAACUGUGUCACCGAGUCAAACAAGCACAACUAUGCCUGGCAUGGAUGGGAUUAAUCUAGGCCCCCCGAUUGCAACACUUCGCUCUCUAAAAGAAUUAUCAAAGCAUGACGAUGUAGAUUCCAAUGUGGUUACUCAUCAAAAUUUCAACGAGCUCACAAAGUUACUGGAUAAAGCGGUAUCUCGAUUGCUUCUCCGACCGACACCUUCGGAUGUGACACUAGAUGCGAUCCGUGUGCUUUUAUUAUACGCACAAUGGAUGCCUUGCACUCGAGAGGAAGAGGAAGAAUCUGAAAACGGUGGUUCCGUCUCGCGGUUUCCCAGAACCCGAUAUAACGAAAUAAGUGCCGGUGCCGUUUUGGGGUUAGCAAUGCGAUAUGCUCAUUUGGUGGGCUUGAAUCACUCAGCUAUGGCUCCAUUUGACAAAAGUGGAAAGAAGAUAUCAGCAGAACGCGUUGAGAGAUUACGUGUUUACUACAACUUGUUAACGUGCAACUUUAACCUCAUGUUGACAUCUGGCUUUCCCGCGUCUGUGGAUUUUGACCGGGAGAUAUCCGUAAGAAUGGCCCAAGCAUUCUGCUCACAUGAACAGUCCCAAUAUCCGGGCGACAUUCGGGUCGCUGGACUUGUCGAGCUUGUGGCAGUCGUGAAUGAUGCGAUGCGCAAUUCUGGAGAUGCUACAGGUCGUCAAAUUGGCCUAGCUCGCCUGUUAAAACUCAACGAGGAGCUAGUUGAGUGGGAAAGAGCCUGGUUUGUUCGUUUGGAGAGCACAGGGUUGAGACAUAACCAGCUACCCUUUAAUUCCAUCAGAUGGUAUCGGCUAUCUUUGAAUAGUGCUUCCUUGACACCACUUUUAUCUGUAGAAACCAAGCUUCCAGAUGAGUCGCUGUUGACAUCUUUACAUCAAAUACUCAAGAUAAGCCUUACCUCGGCUGCGCAGAUGAUACUUUCAUUGUCAAUCUUUGGAGCAGAAUUUGUUUGGGACCUUGAUUCACAAGACAAAUCUACAUUUCCCAAUGACUCUUAUCAUGUCGACUCUCGUUCAAUCGACCGCCUGUUCUGUGCCGUUGAUUCUACAUGGAUUUCACAUACAUUUGCGAUAACAUUUUUAGCCCUUUGCUACAUCAGGGGCAUUAUUGAUGAAAAUCUUCAAAUCAGAACGUUUCACAAUUCUCUGGUGAUUUCAAGACGUCUUCCCAAGGGCUCAAACUCCAUUCUCGCAAAGCUACUUCAUCUUGCAAUUGAAAUAUUUGACGGUGUCUGUUCAAUCGCCAGUUUUCAUACUGCACGUGACUUCCAGGGAACUGUUCAUUAUGCUUCGUCUCUUGUGCUUGAUUCUUGUGAUGAAGAGAAUGGAAAUGAUCAAGGGGUCAACAAUGACGCUUUCCAAUCAUUGCUGGAGAUGAUGAAUGAUUCGGGAGUUGAUUGGGCGGGAAACCUUCUCGAGGGGCUUGAGUAUCCUUCGGAUUGGAACAUCGGGAGUAUAUAG